AUGGUGGUAAGAAACCCACCAAGUACAACAGCAGCAACUACGCCUCACGGUUUUCCGGUAACCCACGCGAAGAUCUUGUUGUUCACGACAUCACUGGCGGCAAGAGACGAUAUCGUUCCGAUGGCAAAACUUGAAUCCAGUCAUCCUUCAUGGUGGUCUGCGGUGGUCCCGAAGAUAGUCAAUGGCUCACAACGAAAAUUAGUUGGAGUAGGUCGCACGACCAUCGUGAAGCUCCUGUGGACAACGGAAGACGGCAUAAUAAUAAUAAUAAGAAGAAGACACAGAGGGAUGGUGGCAGUACCGAGGUCGCUGGUGGCCUUCGCUGAUCGGAACAUUGGGGGGGGGGGUGCGAUGCUGGUGAAGGAGGCAUAA